GAGGAAGGGGAGGGGAAAGCGGCGCCGAGAUCGCAGAGACGGAGGAGGCGCCCGCGGCUGCAGAGCUGCAGAGCGGGGUCUCUCGGCUUCUCUGUCCGGGCAACGGGCGCGCCACUGGGCCAGAAGACAGCGCAUCCUUUCCGUGCGGGCCGCCUGGGCCCCUGGGGUCGGCAAACUGGCUCCCCGGGUGGCCACCGGGACCCCCGAGCCCAAUGGCGGGGGCGGCAGCAAGAUCGACAGCACUGUAGAGAUCACCCCCAGCCCCAACGGACAGGUCGGGACCCUUGGAGAUGCGGUGCCCACGGAGCAGCUGCAGGGUGAGCGGGAGCGCGAACGCGAGCGGGAGGGGGAGGGCCACGCGGGCGGCGACGGGAUGGGCAGCAGCCUGUCGCUGGCCGUGCCCCCCGGCCCCCUCAGCUUCGAGGCGCUGCUCGCCCAGGUGGGGGCGCUGGGCGGCGGCCAGCAGCUGCAGCUCGGCCUCUGCUGCCUGCCCGUGCUCUUCGUGGCGCUGGGCCUGGCCUCCGACCCCAUCUUCACGCUGGCACCCCCGCUGCAUUGCCACUACGGGGCCUUCCCCCCCAACGCCUCCGGCUGGGAGCAGCCCCCCAACGCCAGCGGCGUCAGCGUCGCCAGCGCGGCCCUAGCCGCCAGCGCCGCCAGCCGCCUCGCCACCAGUACGGACCCCUCGUGCAGCGGCUUCGCUCCGCCGGACUUCAACCACUGUCUCAAGGACUGGGACUAUAACGGCCUCCCGGUGCUCACCACCAACGCCAUCGGCCAGUGGGAUCUGGUGUGUGACCUGGGCUGGCAGGUGAUCCUGGAGCAGAUCCUCUUCAUCUUGGGCUUCGCCUCCGGCUACCUGUUCCUGGGCUACCCAGCAGACAGGUUUGGCCGACGUGGGAUUGUGCUGCUGACUCUGGGACUGGUGGGCCCCUGUGGAGUGGGAGGUGCUGCUGCAGGUUCCUCCACGGGUGUCAUGGCCCUCCGAUUCCUCCUCGGCUUCCUGCUUGCUGGCGUUGACCUUGGUGUCUACCUGAUGCGGCUGGAGCUGUGCGACCCAACCCAGAGGCUUCGGGUUGCCCUGGCGGGGGAGUUGGUGGGGGUAGGGGGGCACUUCCUGUUCCUGGGCCUGGCCCUUGUCUCUAAGGACUGGCGAUUUCUUCAGCGAAUGAUCACCGCUCCCUGCAUCCUCUUCCUGUUUUAUGGCUGGCCUGGCCUGUUUCUGGAGUCCGCGCGGUGGCUGAUAGUGAAGCGACAGAUUGAGGAGGCCCAGUCUGUGCUGAGGAUCCUGGCUGAGCGGAACCGGCCCCAUGGGCAGAUGCUGGGAGAGGAGGCCCAGGAGGCCCUGCAGGACCUGGAGAACACCUGCCCUCUCCCUGCAACAUCCUCCUUUUCCUUCGCUUCCCUCCUCAACUACCGCAACAUCUGGAAAAAUCUGCUUAUCCUGGGCUUCACCAACUUUAUUGCCCACGCCAUUCGCCACUGCUACCAGCCUGUGGGAGGAGGAGGGAGCCCAUCGGACUUCUACCUGUGCUCCCUGCUGGCCAGUGGCACAGCGGCCCUGGCCUGCGUCUUCCUGGGUGUCACCGUGGACCGAUUUGGCCGCCGGGGCAUCCUGCUUCUCUCGAUGACACUCACUGGCAUUGCAUCCCUGGCCCUGCUGGGCCUGUGGGAUUAUCUGAAUGAGGCUGCCAUCACCACCUUCUCUGUCCUUGGGCUCUUCUCCUCCCAAGCUGCCGGCAUCCUUAGUACCCUCCUUGCUGCCGAAGUCAUCCCUACCACAGUCCGGGGCCGAGGCCUGGGCCUCAUCAUGGCACUGGGGGCGCUCGGCGGGCUGAGUGGCCCAGCCCAGCGCCUCCACAUGGGCCAUGGGGCCUUCCUGCAGCACGUGGUCCUGGCGGCCUGUGCGCUCCUCUGCAUCCUCAGCAUCAUGCUUCUGCCGGAGACCAAGCGCAAGCUCCUGCCGGAGGUGCUCCGGGAUGGGGAGCUGUGCCGCCGGCCUUCCCUGCUGCGGCAGCCCCCACCCAACCGCUGUGACCACGUCCCGCUGCUUGCCACCCCCAACCCCGCCCUCUGAGCGACCUCUGAGCACCCUGGCAGGAGGCUGGCCCAUACCGAAAAGUAGCACAAGGCCCUGGCAAGGAGAGCGGGAGGACUGAGUGAGCGAGGCAGGGCUGCCCGCGAGGCUCAGAGGCACCUCGGGCCAGACACGAAGGGGCGCUCAGGGGGCUGCCCUCACCCCAUCUCCCCCCGCUGCUGCUUGGUGUUCACUCCCUUGUUAGAGUCAGGGGGCAGGGAGAGAGCUCCACACUGUACCACCAGGUCUGGACUCCAUCCUGUGCCCAACCACAUCCUCCCAGACCUCAUUCUUUCUUGCUCUAUCAUUCUGUUUCAAUAAAGACAUUUUGAAUAAAUGA